AUGCAGGUAGGGGGGAUCGGGCGGUUGAACAGCUCGUCCUGGCCUGACUUUGGGAACAAAUCCCUGCUGGACGCUAAGGGGCUGAGUGGGGAUGAUGCGGCCUCUGUCCCGGUGGACAGGAUCUUCGGCCUGCGGAUCCUCAUCUCCAGCAUCUACUUGGUGGUGUGCGCUGUGGGGCUGCUGGGCAAUUCCAUUGUCAUGUACUUGGUCCGGGCCCAGAAAGGCCGGCCGGCCUCCGCCAUAGAUGUCUUCAUCUUCGGCUUGGCGCUGGCCGACUUCCACUUCGCCCUGACUCUGCCCUUCUGGGCGGUGGAGACGGCUCUGGAUUUCACUUGGCCCUUCGGCAAUGCCAUGUGCAAGCUGGUCCUCACCUUGACCGUCCUGAGCGUCUAUGCCAACGUCUUCCUGCUCACCACCAUGAGUGUCACUCGCUACUGUUCCGUGGCCUCCGCCAUCAGGCCCGGCCUCAAGCUGACCGCCAACCUGGCCAAGUGGAUCACCGUGGCUCUUUGGGCCAUAGCCUUGGGAGCCACCAUACCCACCGCCAUCUUUGCCACGGUGACAGAUGUAGUCGGGGUGGAGCUUUGCCUGCUCAAGUUCCCCACCAACCGGUGGCUGGGGGUGUAUCACCUCCAGAAGGUGUUGGUGGCCUUCGUGGUGCCCCUGGUCAUCAUCUUGGCCUCCUAUUUGCUGCUUUUGAGCUUCCUCCAACAGCACCGGGUCAACGCCAACAACCCCAGAAGGCAGAGCCAGAUCGCCACGUCCGUCUGGCUAGUGGUCACCUCCUUCUUUGUCUGCUGGUUCCCCAACCACGUGGUAACCUUCUGGGGAGCCCUGGUGAAGUUCGGGGCUGUCCCCUGGGACAAGACCUUCUACUUCCUCCACACCUACAUCUUCCCCCUCACCACUUGCCUGGCCCACAGCAACAGCUGCCUCAAUCCUGUCGUCUACUGCCUGAUGCGGAGGGAGUUCCGCAGGGCUUUGAAAGAUGCUUUCUUGAGCCUCCUGGCCCAGGCUUCCUCCUACCUGCCUUCCUCCACCGGCCAGGCGAGGGAGGAGGGCACCGCCCAGGUGGCACUGCCCCUGCUCCGGAGGGGCAGCCCCAGAGGCCUACCAGUGGCAGAGAAGGAAUAUGCCCUGCUGUCCACCACCGUCACUGUCGUGCCUGAGCUGAGAGCAGAGGAGGCCAGCCUGCAGGGCGAGGUAGGGACGGCCCUGGGGCGGGUUUCAACUAGGAGAAGCUCGAAGUGA